UUUAUUUUUUCACUUUUUCUUGUUUCCACUAUGGCUGAAAAGACCUACUUUACUCAUAUAGAUACAUUAAGGUCUUAUACUAACCUAAGUUAUGUUGAUUUAGAACAACAUGAAAAGACAUGGAAACCUGUUAUUGACGGACACCCUUUAAAUCGAGCAGUAAAGUAGACUAAUUUACACACAUAUAUUUAACUUGUUUAGUUGACUGUCUUUUUACCUUGUGUUCCUGCAAACAAAGCAAGACAACACUUGGAACAAACAUUGGGUAGUUUUUAUGAAAUACAAGCCCCUUUAAGUAUUUUAUUAGAACCUGAUUUUUUUCAAACAUAUUUCAAGUCAGGCAAAUACGCAUUGACCAUGCACAGUUUAGACACUCGCCUGAAUACAGAUAAUGUGGUCGUAUUAACUCCAGAUGGAAAACUAUGUCUAAGUCUAGUGAAACAAACCUACGAAACAUUUGGUAUUGAAGCCAUCAAGAGAACAAAGGCAGAUAUGAAGCAUGAUAAGCACAUCGUGAUGAUUGAUCUCAAAAAAGAUCGUUUUAAGCCAGGUAGUAAGGAAUUCAAUCGACUCGAAUGGUGUCUUAAGAAUACAUUGACAUGUCAAUUCAAAAUGGUAUUUUGUGCAACAGACAUAUUAACAGGAGCCAUGGUGGAUAUGGAAUGGUCCAUGUCGAACAUCACGUAUAUCGAGAAGAAGGAAAUGACAGCUGAAUUCGAUACAUUGACAGAUAUCAACAUUCCCUCCUUUUCUGAUUUAAUGCAUGAUGUAAAUACACCCGUAGAACAUUGGGACACAAGAGCAAAUGAAGCAUUAGAAUGGCUUGGCUUGGCGCAUAUGAAAGCCAGUCGAAUCAAAAAGAAUGACCAAAUUGAUCCAUUUGUGUCUGUAUACCAAACGCCUGCUUCUUUAUUAGACAGUCAAAUAGGCACAUUAAUCCAUUUCAAAGGUCUUUUGCCCACCACAAAUAUACACAAUAUCAUGACCAUUGUGAGAAAAUUGAUGGUAUCUGGUGUAACAUCAGAAUGGGCCUCUAUCACUUGCUGGGGUUAUCAAGACUCGCCUUUUACAUGGAGUCAAAUGGGUCCUCACUAUCAUUAUUUAAAUGGAGAAAACGAUUAUACAUUUUUAUUAUUGCCUAACAAGACAGCCUAUGUCUACCAGUUAUUGGGGUCUCAUCAUGUUACAAAAUAAACUAUUUAUU